AAAAAACGAGUUACGUAACAUCCCGCGGUUAUGUUACUAGGCGAGGUACCAAGAGUAUACGUGGUCAUUUUGGUUGAAAUUGCGAGAGCCUAAAGAACUACAGUCUGCUCAUGCAGUGUCAACUGGUCAAAGUGCCUGCCAGAAUUUUGGUGUAAACUAUAUAUAUAGUCAAAGUUCACCAAGGUUUACAGCUGACAAAGAAUCUGAAUCAAUUGUACCUAGUAAGUUCAUGGUUAUAUAUAUAGAUAUUAUAUCGUAUAGUGUUAGUUCAUUACGAAACUACAAUAAUCCAUAUAUCGACUCCUUUUUAAGUUCUGUGAAGUCGCAAUAGAUCUUUUUCACAAGGGUGGGUAGUAGCGAAGUAGUUGUAGUUCGCUACUGUAGCGAACUACAAUUUUCAUGUAGCCAGUAGUUUUUGACUACUUUUUUAAAACAGUAGCUGUAGUUAUAGCGAACUACAUUUUGCCUAAAAGUAGCCAAGUAGUUGACUACUUUUCAAACAGUGAAUCGCUAUUCGCUACUUUUUAAAAUUGUUAGCAACUUGAUAGAAUAGAAUGAUAUUGAGACACGGUUUGCUUAAAAUCAAUACUCAAUAGUCAAUUUGCACUCUUGAACACUGUAGUGCUUACAAAAAUGUUGCUUUGUGUUUACUGUUGCUACUCGUAAGUCGAUUUGUUAUAGGUUACAUUUCAACCUGAGUUAGUAGAUGCUCCAAAUACAGUAAAACUAAAAAAUAUAGCGUAGCGAAAUAGCGAAACAGUCGCUACAUUUUUAAAGCAGUAGCUGUAGUCAGUAGCGAACUACCUUUGUUCAAAAGUAGCAGUAGUUGUAGCUGACUACAAAAAUUUUGUAGUCAACCCACCCUUGCUUUUUCACCUUGUCAAUACAGUUUCAUUUUGUGUUAGCGCUCUAUAGCUAAAUGACAGAAUUAAUGUCUUUUUAUCUAUAUUUAAUUAUAUCUCAUAACUAAGCGGAAACUUUUAAAUGGAUUUCCGCUUUUCCGCAUGCACUCGCAUAUAGCAAAUUCGUUAAAGUAUAGCUUUCAUCAUAGAUAAUAGAAGAGAAGGAUAGGGAACUCAUUGUUCUAUGUUUUUGUUCACGUUAUUCAUUUAUUCAAGUCAUUCACGGCAUUGUAUUUUCUGUAUAAUGAGGCAUUCAUCCAAUAGCAACGACUGACUUGAAUUAAUCAGUCGUUUUACCGUCACGUGGUGGGUCGCUUUAUCGUGACGUGUCCAUAGAAUUUACUUCCAUAUAGGGCAUGUCAUUGUCUUUCAACAUGAAGUUAAUUUUUGCUGUGAGACAAUGGAGUUGCCUAUCCUUCUCUUCUAUUAUCUAUGCUUUCAUAGGCUUUAGUCUUUAACGAAUUUCAGACAUCAUUUCUCUUUGGCGUAGCUACCAUCUUAAAUCUCGUCAUUUUAACAUUAUUUUACAGAGUUUGUCCGAUUGAGAAACGAUCGAAUAGAAAAUUAAAAAUUUUGAGUUUUAUAUAUAUAUAUAUAGGUUAUCAUAUAAGGGAUGAGGUGAUAUCAGUUUUAUCGCUCGAGGGAUGAUAUCACAAUUGGUUAUUAGGUCAAUUUAUCUGAAGAGUGCCACAUACUGUGGUACGAAACUAUUUAGUAAUAAAGAUGCCUAGUGGAUUUUGUUGAUUUGUUGUACCUUAAUUUAUAUAUAUAUCUAUAUAUAUAUAUAUAUAUAUAUAUAUAUAUAUAUAUAUAUAUAUAUAUAUAUAUAUAUAUAUAUAUAUAUAUAUAUAUAUAUAUAUAUAUAUAUAUAUAUAUAGUUAUAUAUAUAGUUAUAUAACCAAGUAGUAAUUGCACUCAUUAAGACAUUAAUCAUUAUAGUUUUGAGUGCGUGUUACAUAACAUGCGAAAAAAAAUCUCUUCACAUAUUACUCCUAUACUCACAUUAUAUAUAUAUAUAGGACAAGCUGAGUUUCAACGAUUAGCAUUCGCGAAUUUGGAAUUAAGUUGGACAGGAAAGGCGGUUCAGGAAGAGUUUCUAUACAUUCCUAAUAGUCCUCGAAGACAGUUCAAAGAUUAAACAACAACAUGAUGACGAAGUGCGUUUAUGCUAUUCUAGUAUUAGUUAAACUGUUGUCCGUACGAGAGGGCCAUGCGUAUGAAACUGGUGCGCCUCCGAAGGCCUGUCCCACCCUAACGCCAGGCCACGGAAUGCAGUUGACUGGAAAUAAUCCGUUCACAAUCAGCGUACAGCGAAUCUUACCUGCUGUACUUCAUGUCACAGUAUCAUCGAGUGAUAACUCUGACUUUCAAGGGUUUAUGCUACAAGCAAGAGAAGUCGGAAGCAAUACGCCUUUGGCAAAUUUUCAGAGUCCUCCUGAUCACACUCAACUUAUAAAAUGCACACAAGACGCGGUAAGUAUGACUCUCGUAUACUAUAUAUAAGGUUUCAAAUUCCAUCCGAGGAUUGAGUUUCAAACAUAUGCGAGUAGACCUUAUACAUAAUGACGUCACAAGGCUUGAUGCCCGCGAGGAAUGUUGGUCUUAGUAAUCAGCGCCCGGGAAAAUUAAACAAUUCAAAAUGGCCGCUAUCGAAAUUUUCCUGGGCGAUGACUAUACUAAGACCAACAUUCCUCACGACAUUAACGAGCGUGCUCAUGAGCUCGUAAGCAUGUUUGUGAGCAUAUUACAGGAUUUUUUCAUGAGAGUACCAAAAUCCGGUAUAUGCUUGUUCAUUUCUCUCUAAUGAAUGCAGAAGAAUUUUAAAGUACUUCUAAAAACGUCUUUUAUAGGAUACCGCUACGCACAGUGAUAUCACACCUAAGAAAAGUGUGACAUUUAUGUGGGUGCCUACCCCUGGAAAAACUGCAAAAUUCCGUUUCCAUGCAACCGUCGCUAUCAAUAAAGCUAAUUACUGGAAAGGAAUUGUCUCAGAUGAGGUAUUUACUAUUAUUUAUUUAAUUGCGAAGCAACUCCGUACAUAUAUUCAAUAUACAAGUAGUUCCUAGUGGAAUACUUGUAGUUUCCUGACUGUACAAUUAUUUCUCUCUGAAGUUGCUUCAAUUCUUGCCAGAAGACAAAGUGUUGUAUUCUUCGCAACCGUUCCGGGUUGGGUCUUAAACAGUUGUUUAUAUAUAUCCUCAUUUGGAUUACCCACCAAAUCCAGCAAGUAAUAAGUUGAUAGCUUAGGGAGGGUCCUGAAGGGGGGUCCCAAUCCCAUUUCUCACCUGAAAUUUUGGCAAAAUCCCAGUCCCAGUUGGAUUUUUAUUAGAAAUCCCAGUCCCAUUUAUUGAAAUCCCAGUCAAUAAAAAACCCUUUAUUUAUCGGUAGAAUAAACAGUUUUAAGACCUUUUAAGCAAGUGGCGGACACUUUAUGAAAUAUUAGGGUGGGCCUCGUGCCGAAGGCACGGAAAAUUUGUAAAUUUGAAUCCCGAAAAUGGCAUUUGCAGCAUUCUGAGACACGCAUUAAUCAGAAACCCAGAAUUCCGGGCGCCAGAGUAUGCCUGUUCGCAGGUAGUGCUGUGAAUAAUAUAGUUAACAACAAAAAUCAUGACCAAAGACACCAAAAACGGAUCAAAAUUGUAUUUUAAAAUACUCAAAACGCAGAAAAAUUGGGAAUCGACUCGCAUUACCUCAAUUCCAUUCCCAUUUUUGAGGACUUCAUUUCCAAUUCCCAGUGGCCAAAUCCCAGUCCCAGCAACCCAAAUCCCAUUUUCCCAGUCUAAAAAUAGAUCAAUCCCAGUUCCCAUUUUACCCCUUCACGGCCCUCUUUUAUGUGCAUACUCAAAACGCAGAAAAAUUGGGAAUCGACUCGCAUUACCUCAAUCCCAUUUCCAUUUUUGAGGACUUCAUUUCCAAUUCCCAGUGCCCAAAUCCCAUUUUCCCAGUCUAAAAAUAGAUCAAUCCCAGUUCCCAUUUUACCCCUUCACGGCCCUCUUAUUAUGUGCAUACUCAAAACGCAGAAAAAUUGGGUUAGGGGCCGAUUACAUAAAGAACUUUCGGGGUUGAACUCAUCCCUGUUAACCCUGUUGAAAUUUUUUGCGAUUACAUGGGCGAUUUCAACCCCGGAGUUGAAACGCUAUACUAUACAUUCUCGGCAUCGAUUCCCAGAAGUAAAAAAGCCUUUGUUUUGUUUUCUUGAAAUAAAUAUAGUCAUUACCACGUAUGCUCGAAUAACUCAUGAUAAUUUCAGCCCUGGGUUGAAACGAUCACACGACAAAAUUUUCAACCCAGGGCUGAGUUCAACCCGGCCCAGGGUUGAAAUUUCGACCCUGCUCGCUGAAGCAGGGUUGAAAUUUCAACCCCGGGGUUGAACUCAGCCCUGGGUUGAAAAUUUUGUCAUGUAAUCGCGCGUUUGAUUUUGAUACAGUUUUGUAUUACAGACAGGGCUAAAAUUUCAACCCGGUAAACAGGGCUGAGUUCAACCCCGGGGUCGAAAAUGCUCCAUGUAAUCGGCCCCUAAAUUGACAAACUUUAUUCUACAGAUUGAUCUUCCACUGGUCAUCAUUACACAACAACCCUCAACGACCUCCGGCAGCACUGGAACUCCGAUGUCCGUGGCGUUGCCCAGCACAGACAGCCAAACAGUCAAGACUGUGGCAACUCAACCUCCACCAGCAACAAUAGACACAACUCAAACAGUCAACGGUUCAGUGGCUCAAACCACGGUUACCAUGACAACAACGCCAUCCAAGGCUCCGGCAUCAACCUCUACACUUACGUUGCUAGUAACAAAUUUGAUUUUGUUUACGUCAGUCUUAUUAUUGUAAACAUUUUAUAAUCAUUCAGUUUAGUUUAGUUUAGUUUAAUCAAUAGAUUUAAAACAGGAUAUUAUAUAAACACUCCAGUGUUAAUAGUUAGACCCCGCCGGGCACACAAAGUUGUUAUAAAUUAUGGUUGACGAGAUUCGCAACCUAAUCUCAACGUUGUUUCAACUUCGAUCCUGACAGAUCAUAUAGGCCUACAUUGAAACAACGUCAAUUUGCCCGCUGGGCUGUUAUAAAGGUGUGCCGGCCGUGAGAUAAAAUAUACAAUACAAUCACUAUUAAUUACAACUACUAUAUAUAAGAUAUACAUAAAUAUGAGUUAUAUAUUGUAAAGAGUUGAAAUUUACAUGUAAUGUAAUUUGUAUCCUAAAUAAAAUGACUAGUGAAUCGCCUGAUGUCUGGAUAUUUGUGCGAAUUUAUGGUACUGCAAGUGUGUUUGAAAGUCAGGGAGGAUGGAAUAAUUUAUCAAAGAAAAACUUUUGAUAGAAUAUAUAUUUUCUUGUGAUGAAAUAUUAUCAGACAUCAUCAAACAUCAUUUCAUCAAUGC